AUGCACAAAGGACAAAAACUCUCUUCGAUGAUGAGAGGAGGACUCGUGGUUGCGGCGGCUAACGGCGGAGGAUCGCAAGACACCGUUAUCUUACUCUACAUUUGGGCAGCAUUUAUAGCUCUCUCCGUCAUAGCCACCGUGAUUUUUUCUUGUAGCGACGGAGCUUCUAAAUCUCAAACUAACGACGUCAACGGCUCCGCUUGCGCCGCCGGAUGCGGUGGAGGUUGUGGAGGUUAA